CAUGCAGGAAACCUGUACUCCCUAUUCAACUGGAGUUAGGCAGCGAGGGUGAACUUGAGCAGAGCUGGGACAUUAGUGCCAUUAUGACCCACGCUCGAGCUGUUACAAAGUUAAAGGAUGAUAUCCACAGCAAAGCCAAGAAGAACAUUGACAAUGCCCAAGAAAAGGACAAGAUGUACUAUGAUCGGAAGCAUGCAGACAAGAGGGUGUUUAAGACUGAGAGUUUGGUCUGGCUGAGGAAUUCAGCCAGGGAAUGUAAGAAGGGAGACAAGCUGAAGCCUCGGUGGUUAGGCCCAUACACGGUGGUGGAGUGCUUGGACAAGGGAGUCUUUAAGAUUGCCAACCCUAAGACUGGAAAGACCUUAAAAAAGGCUGUUAACCAACAGCGGUUAAAGCAUUACCAUGGCUCAGACUCCGAAAAACCUCUCUUGGAUCAACAUAGUUCUCUCUCGGAUCCUUCCGAAUUAUCAGACAACCAUCACGAUGAAUCUCUCGAUCAGUUUAACCCUUCUUUGACGAGUACUCCUGUGAAAGACCCAAGCAAGAAGCUGUGGGAAAAAAAUUGUGAUUUUCCCUCUUCUCACAAGCCAGACGCCCCCUCCUCUCACAAGCCAGCCGCUCCCUCCUCUCACAAGCCAGCCGCCCCCUCCUCUCACAAGCCAGCCGCUCCCUCCUCUCACAAGCCAGACGUCCCCUCCUCUCACAAGCCAGAUGCUCACUCCUCUCGCAAGCGAGACGCCCCCUUCUCUCAGGUUAAGACUGCAUCCUCUAUGGAGCCACCUUUGAAGAAGCAAAGGACUACUCAGUCUGUAACAAGAAAGAAUUCAAGCUACUGGGUGAAGGAUUUGGACCUGAGGACGGGAGACAAGGAUGUAGUUCUUGCUGAGAGCGGGAUGCUUUCUGACCGUCAUAUGUAUGCUGCGCACAAACUGAUGAGAAUGCAAUUUCCAAAUAUUGAAGGCUGCUAUUCUACUCUUCUGGUUCAGAAGAUGUCCUUUCCUGCAGUCACUAGUAGUGAAGCCACAGCCGUGCAGAUAUUCUUUGUAACAGAGGGGCAUCACUGUAUUGCGACAGCACUCAUCAAGGGGGAACUUUUCCUCUUUGAUAGCUGCUUCCAAUAUGGGAAAGACCUGGAGCCAAGUGCUGAGCUGCAAAUCGCACAGAUGUAUAAGCCUUUAAUAGCGCACAAUGGGCUGUUACUAUCUGUGGCCUCCAUUCAACAGCAGAGCAGUGGCAGUAACAACUGUGGUUUGUUUGCAAUUGCCGCUGCAUACCACGCAUUGCAAGGAGACAAUCUGGAUACCAUCACCCUAAAUGAAGACAAAAUGAGGCCACAUCUUGUGUGUUGCUUUGAAAAUGAGAAACUCAGAAGAUUUCCAAAGUCAAAAGAUAUUAGUAGCCACAAGAGACCAGAAAGAUUUUCCAGCAUAGUAAUUACGAUAUACUGCCCUUGUCUCCGCCCUGACUGUUAUGAUGAAAUGGUCCAGUGCGAUACGUGUAAUGUGUGGUAUCAUUAUAAAUGUGUUCGUAUUAAAGUAUCUCCACUUGGAGAUUGGUUUUGUCCUACUUGUAGAUCUAGAUAGAUUUUUAGCAUUUCGUUAUCUUCCACUAGCUGUUUUUGUUUAUACACUGUUAAUUUGCACUGUUGUUUUGUUUGUUUUUCAUGCACUGUAGAUCUAUUUGUUAUUUUGAUGGAUGUUGUUGUAUUAUAAGUUUUGCUUUACAGUGACCGUGA